CUUCGCUACACGGCCCACCCAGUGAAGGCAGUAGGGAAAGGAAGGCCGGAUGCUUCAUCAAUCACCAAAGGUUUUGAUAAAAAAAUCUCUCUCCAUGCACUAUGUAGUCUGUUGCAGACAACAGAAUCGAAAAUAACGAAACCUUGAUGAACAAGCAAUUUUGGUGGGAAAUAAGAGAAGAAAGAAGGGGUGUUUCCUUGCGUCCUUCCCAAUCGUAUUCACUAUUCAGAUCAGUCUAAACUCGAUCAAAGUAGAGUCGAACAGUUUCUUCCUCCCUACCCUUUGCAAUCAAACCAUUCAAUCACAACUACAGCUCUCUGCAACUCAUCCCCACUGCUAAUUGAGCCUACUUAUCUUAAUCAAAUCCCAGCACCCGCGGCUCUCCGUUAAGCAGCUUCGAACCGUAUCUGAAGGCAAUAUCUCAAGGACGGGGCUUUAAGCUUCUCAGUGAAAUUGUAGCGGCAAUUGUGGGAAUUAAGCCUGCAUGCCUGUUAGUUUUCGAAUGAAACAAUAACACUUCGGAUUGCUGUGGGUAGGAUUCGUGGGCAGAAGAUCCGGAUUUCUCUUUGAAAUAUAGUUUGAUUUUCCCCUUUGGAGAAGGGAGAAAAACGAGAAGGAUGACGACGAAGACGGCAAUGAUGUACUGGAGGGACGCCUUGCGAUUCGUUUGCUCUGUACAGUUCUGGAGAAUGGCGGUGCUAUGGACUUUCGCUCUCGUCUUCUCCCACCUGCAGUUGUUUGUCAGAGCACUCUUCUCUCGGAAGUCUCAUUCCUACCCGCGCUGUUCUCCUCAGCCCAUUUUCACAACCACAACCACUUCCAUGCCUGUUUGCAUCGUCACCGGCGCCACGUCUGGUUUAGGUGCAGCAGCUGCGCAUGCCCUUUCCAAGGAAGGAUUCUAUGUCGUUCUUGCUGUGAAACUGAAAUUUAUCUAUAUCUAAUAUUUGCAGCCGGGCGGUCCUCCGAUUUGUUAUCAGAGAUUAUCAGAGAGAUUAAGAAGCGAAAUAGAGACGCCCAUCUUAAAGCAUUUCAGGUAGACCUGUCAUCAUUUCAAUCUAUGCUCAAGUUCAAAAAUUCCCUUAAGCAGUGGCUCUUGAACUCUGAUAUGCACCCCUCCAUCCAACUCCUGAUAAACAAUGCUGGGAUAUUGGCGACAUCAUGCAGAUUCACAGCCGAAGGCUUUGACCAGAUGAUGGGGACAAAUUAUAUUGGUGCAUUUUUCCUAACUAAUCUCCUCUUGCCACUACUUAGAAGCAGUCCUGUUCCUUCCCGGAUUGUUAAUGUUACAUCCUUUACCCAUAGAUGUGUAUUUGAUUUACAAGUUGACGAGGAAUCUUUGUCUGGAAUAUGUUUCUCAAAAUCAAAACAGUACCCAUUUGCUCAUAUUUAUGAAUACUCCAAAAUCUGCUUACUUCUGUUCUCUUAUGAGCUUCAUCGCCAACUUUACUUGAUGGACAAAUCUCAUCCAGUCUCCGUCAUUGCUGUAGAUCCUGGGGCAGUAGAAACAAAAAUUAUGCGAGAAAUUCCUUCUCAACUCUCUCAUUUGGCCUUAGUUGUUCUGAAAGUUCUGGGUUUCUUACACUCACCUGAAAGUGGAGUUGAGCCUACUGUCGAUGCGGCCCUUGCCCCUCCAGAAGCAUCUGGAGUGUAUUUUUUUGGAGGCAGAGGUAGGUCUGUCAGUUCCUCUGCACUAUCUUAUGACACUGAACUUGCGAAGAAACUAUGGACCAGCUCCUGCAAGUUGUUUAUAGGAUUGCAGCAUACAUGUAGGGAGAAUUCCUAAUUUCAACCUCAACCAGAAAAAUGAAUUAUUAUGUAGCAAAAGGGUAACGUCCAGAUAAUACAAGUUUUGGCUAUCUACACAAUUUCUUGAUGGUUGAGUCCAGUGGAACAGCCAAGUGAUCCAUAUUGUGUGCUUAUAUGAUGUACCCAAGCUUCAGUCAGUUCCACGACAUAACUAGACAAAGCGAUGUGAUCAGGUCCAAAGGGUUUCCUGUUUGUUCCAUCUUGUUCUACGGGAAAGGAAAGUUCUUUAAAGAUUUUGACCCUGUACCUCUAAUCUUGGUUGCAGGCUUUGUGUUCAAUGCAACUGAAGGGUCUAUCAGUCAUAAAUAUUUCAAGAACAAGUGUUUCAUGUAUCAUUCAUGAAGCAUGAAGGUGCCAAUUGGCUCAAUUGGUAAGAUCUGUGGCUGGUUGUAGCGGAUACUCUAUUUCUUUGAUAGCUAGAAUAUAUCUAUUCAUCUACCACAAUAUUAACCAAGUCCUA